CUCUUGCCCGACUCCGAGAUAUGCGUCGAUGAGAAUUGCCGGGUUAUCGUGGCAUCUUCGCGGCUCUGCUUGCUUUCGAGGAAACAACAAUACUCUGCGUUUGAAGGGCCUUUGUCCCCAAGGCGUUUUUCAUUCUCAAAAUCUGUCUAUAUAAAGAUCGGACCUUCUGCUGGGCUUUGUCACCUACUCAUUAUCGUCCAUAUACUCUGCAAGCCUUCUCAUGGUCACAAGAACCACCAGUCUCUAGGACGCACACUCACCAGAAUGUCAUCGUAUGCAAGACCUCCGAGCCACAGCGCCAUCCAAGCGAUUUUCGAGCGGAUUGACGCUGACUCGGCGGCGGGGCGUAGUCCCAUCCUCUACGAGGAUGAAAUUCGGCGUCAUAUAGGCGCAAGGGUGCGGGGUGUGGGCGAGCGGUUGCUUCGAAUGGAGGGGGCAGACGUGGAGUUCCGCAGCGGCUGCAUUACUGCACGCAACAUCGGCGACCGGCCAAUCAUUGAGGCCAUCCUCAUCCAAUCGAGAGGCGUCCCACCGGUGCGGCCCUGCAAUUGCUGUAGGAACAAUCGUUCCCCGCGCACGUUCCCCACGUGCCUCCAUGUGCCUGAUCCCCUGACGUUCCAGGGCAUCUGCGGCAACUGCAAGGCCUCGGGUCGGCCGUCGAGGAACUGCGACGCCAUGAGCUCUUUCUUUGAGAUGGAACAACACCAAGCACACAUGGUUCAGACAUUGCAAGGCCCGGCGGACGAGGGCAAUGCUUCCCAGCUUCCGAACGGCCUUCCCAACGGUCUCCCAGACGGCGGUUCGCAAUCGGACUAUUAGCUUCUGGAUCUGGCGUUCUUCAGCGUUCUUGCAGUGUCUUUAAUCAUUAAAGUAUAAUUAAUCGACCACCUGAAACAACUUCCACCUUCGAAUUGUAUAUAAUUGAUGCAACCCAUGGCUGUUACAGUAAAAGCACCCUAGGGUUCAUGUUCGGC